GGGGAUGGGUUCCCCGCCCACUGGAGGGUUGAGUCACUCGGCGAUGUUUAUAAUUAGGCGUUUAUAACGUGAGCGAAGCCCAAGUGGAGUUUGUGCGCGGCUCUGCAGGGACGGAGAGACACAGAGAGUGAGAGCGGAGCGAGCGCGCGGGCUGAGUCAUUACUCGCAUCGUUACCAUCGUCGGUAUUUUCAUUCGUCAUUGGCACGUUUUCGGCUGCGUUCUUUUACACAGCGAGCGUCGAUGCUCUGCCCCCCCGUGUUGACGCUACGUGUCAGCAGCACAGCUACGGGAGUCCUAAGCUCUGCAUUGCAUCUCCGGCGCUGAGCACCCUCCGUUCCGCGCAGUCGGUCUUCGCAACCUUGUCCCGCGAGAGAGGCGGCGUCAGAGCCAGCGGUGCUUUGAGAGACGGCAGCGAUCGAGAGAUAGGCGCGCACGCACCCACAGCGAGACACGCGCCGAGCGAAGCGUUAGCGAGACAGAGGGGGAGGCAGCCACACACACACACACAGCCGCAGCAGCGCGCAGAGGAAGCGAGCGAUUCGAGCGAGCGAUGGCAGAGAAGCGACUGCACAACAUGCUGUCGCACGUGCCGAGCCCGGACGUGUCCGACGUCGAGUCUGAGCCGUCGCUGCACGGGGGCUCUCUGAGCGGCGCUUCCGACAGCGACGAGAGCGGCCUGGGCAGCUACGGGGCCGGGAUGAGCGGGGGCGGCGGCGGUGGCUUGGCCGGCAACGUCGGCGGUGUGGGCGGCCACGGGGUCGCAGGGUCGCGCAAGAGCGGCUGCGGGACUCGGUAUGACGACGACGAGAAGUUCCCGGACAGCAUCCGCGAGGCCGUGAGCCAGGUGCUCAAGGGCUACGACUGGACCCUGGUGCCGAUGCCCGUCAGGGUGAACGGCUCCUCCAAGUGCAAGCCGCACGUGAAGAGGCCCAUGAACGCGUUCAUGGUAUGGGCGCAGGCGGCGCGUCGCAAGCUCGCCGAUCAGUACCCGCACCUGCACAACGCCGAGCUGAGCAAGACUCUGGGCAAGCUGUGGCGCCUCCUGAACGAGAACGAGAAGAGACCGUUCAUCGAGGAGGCCGAGCGGCUGCGCGUGCAGCACAAGAAGGACCACCCAGACUACAAAUACCAACCACGCCGGCGGAAAUCGGUCAAGGGCUCCGGCGACGGGGACGCGGCGAGCCCCUGCGGGGCGGACCCCCACGGAGGGAUCUUCAAGGGGGUCCACGGCGAGGGCGGGUCCCUGGGUGAUCCCAUAUCCCUGUCGGCCCACACCGGCCAGGCACAGAGCCCUCCCACCCCGCCCAGCACGCCCAAGACGGAGCAGGGCGCCAAGGCUGGCGGCGGAGACGCCAAGCGCCCCCUCCAGGCGCCCGAAAGCCAAACGUGCGUCGCUCCCACCGCCCCAAGCAUGGGGCACUCGCAGCAGCAGCAGCAGCACCAUCAGCACUCGCAGCAGCAGCAGCAGCACCACAAUCAACUCCACCACCACCACCAGCAGCAGCAGCAGGCUGCUGCGACCCCUGCUCGCCAGCACAUCGACUUCAGCAACGUGGACAUGGGCGAGCUGAGCAGCGAGGUCAUCUCCAACAUGGAGCCCUUCGACGUGAACGAGUUCGACCAGUACCUGCCGCACAGCCAGUACGGCUACGGCCUCACGGCGGCGGCGGUGGCGGCCGGCUGGACGGCCAAGCUGCAGGAGCAGGAGCGGCCGACGCACAUCAAGACCGAGCAGCUGAGCCCGAGUCACUACAGCCAGCAGCAGCAGGCUGCCGUACAGCAGCAGCAACAGCAAAACUCGCCUCCGCCUCCACAGCAGCAGCAGCAGCAGCCGACGAUCAGCUACGGAUCGUUCAGCAUCCAGCACUACGGGCCGCCCUUCUCCGACCUGCAGAAUGCACGCUCGCAGCAGCAGCAGCAGCACUACGAGUACGCGGAGCACCACAGCGGUGCCCACCACCACCACCACCAGCAGCUGCAGCACCACCACGGUGCCCUCCACCACCACCACCAUCAACAGCAGCAGCAGCAGGGCAGUGGCCACCACCAGCACUCGACAGCGGCCGUCAUGUCACCAUCGUCGUCUUCAUCGUCGUCGUCAUCUUCAUCGUCGUCGUCAUCUUCAUCGUCGCCUUCGGCCGCGGCGACCGCCGCCGCAGCGGCCGCAGCGGCCGCCGCCGCCUACUACAGCCAGAUGUCGGGGCACUCGCCGGGCCACCAGGCGAGCGGCCUCUACUCGGGCGGCUUCUCGUCGUACGCGGGGGCGGCGGGCCAGUGCUCGCUGUACGCGCCGGGCGGCGAGGCGGCGCCGCUGCACGCGUCCGUGGCGCCGGCGGCAGCGCACAGCCCCCAGCACUGGGAGCAGCCCAUCUACACGCAGCUCAGCAGGCCCUAGACGCAUUGGUGUCUCGAGGUGAUGUACUGGAUGCGGUGUGCCGGGCACGGAAAUAUUUGAUCCGGUCGGUGUGGCCGAAAUGGAAGCCCCCUGGGUGGGGGGGGGAGGGGGGAUGGGCCAGCCUAUACGGGCGAGUGGACAUUACCAUCACCGCUGCCACCACCACCGCCACCACCACCACCACCACCACGACAACAAAACACGUGGAAUGGCCAUCACAAACCCCCAAUCAUCAGAGACGACGGGCCCGGUAGUAACGAACACAGACUUGCGGGAUGGACAGUCGUCAGGGAGAGUGCUGUUGUAGCAAGGGUUUGGCUUGUUGCUCUGGGUCAGCCUUCAGGGAAGAGACUUGCGGUUCGAGAGGGUCCGCACCCGGUUGAAUUGAGGUCGCCGAAUGACUGGUCAGCUGAAGGCUGGUACGGCGAGCAAAGGGACAUUUGCGGGAGCCGUGUCGAACAAACGCCUGCACUGCGGUUGGCGGUGCGUGCGUCGCUCCGGUGCUGAUGGUCAAACAGAACAAGAUGCGCUGUUCUCAUUUUUGGCUGAGUUGACCUAGGGGAGGCCACGUGGAGUAAGGAAUUGUGUCUGGCUUGCAGGAUCACAGCGCAGUGCGCGAACCACUACGGCAAUGAUUUCCGACACCACAACUGCCAGCACCACUGUCAGCACCAUUUUCACCACAACCACCACCAUUACCAUGACUACGAACACCACCAUAACCAGCACAACCACCAUCAGAACCAACACCAGAAUCAACAACAACCCUACACCACCAGUACAAUUUACCAACACGACCACCAACCAUUACAACCGCCACCAUUACCACCAACACCAUCAACACCACCACCAUUACCAAUUAAAACAAUGACUCCACCACCAUUACUAUCACUACCACCACCGUCACCACCACCAGCACCAUUACCAACACGACCACCACUGCGAUCACCACCAUCAGCACCACCACCAUCAUUCGCACCACCACCACUGCAAAUCCACGCGUAACACGCAGGAACACUAUAUCUGCAAUGGCAGUCCACGGCCAAACACCGGUUACUUUGAAAAAAGUUCACGAGAACAAAUCGUUUGUGCAACACGUCUGCAUAUUUAAUAAUUAUUCGAAGGUGUCUUAAUCUCACUGUGCAAAUGUUUUUGUUUUCAUUUUUCGUUGUUGCGUUUUGGUUUAUGAAGAUGUUUGAGUCUUUUCCGAGUCGACGCAAAUGUUGCCAUCGUUUUGCUUAUCGCAUCCGCCGGGCGUUUGAGCUGUUGUAAAAAAAAAAACUACGAAUGAGUGGCGCGGUCGAAUGAGAUACAAAACAAUCCUCUGUGAGGACUAAAGAAGAUGCCUUCCCCUUUUCGAAGUCUUCCCUUAUGAUAAUAAUGAUUAAAAUAAAAAAGUGCUGGUAACAGUCUAUUUCCUGAUUAUGUCACCAUCGAUAUGAAGACGUUUUUUUGCCGUGGAAUCAUUGUUAUCGCUUCAUCAACUCAUCUCGCCACGGUGGCUAGGAGAUGUUAACUACCUCGCCUGAUAUACAGGAGGUCGUGGGUUCGAUCCCGACCCUGACGAUGCCUGUAUACUUGGAGUUUGCAUGUUCUCCCCGUGGUCGCGUG